AUACAUUUUAUUUUGACUAUUUACUCAAGAACCGUUACUCUUACCUUAUAAUCUAGAUAUCUUGAUUUAUAGUAGAUCUAGAUUAAAUACUUAAAAUAGUAAAUAUAUACUUAGAUCUAUAAUCGAGAUAGAUCUAUAAUUUUAUAAUGUCAUCUGCAGAGAAAACUGCCAACCCACUAGAACCUUUUCUGUUGCUACUAAAAGAUGCUAAACAAGCAGGCGCUGCCAGUAUUGUAACCCAGGCUAUGGGUGCACCUAAUGUCUUUGUAUUUGGGGAGAUUCUUCAUUUGCCUAAUGUUCAAGAGCUAGCAAAUGGCCCCCAUGCUGCUGUGUUCCAGUUGUUAAAUGUAUUUGCAUAUGGAACUUACAAAGAUUACAAAGCAAGUACAGCCCAGUUGCCAGACCUCACAGCAGCCCAGCUAACUAAACUCAGGCAUUUAACAGUUGUGUCCUUGGCAACGAAAACAAAAUGCAUUCCUUAUUCUGUUUUAUUGGAUGAAUUGGCAAUUGAUAAUGUGAGGAAUUUAGAGGAUCUGAUAAUUGAAGUUAUAUAUGCUGACAUCAUUCAUGGAAAGCUUGAUCAAAAGAACCAACAACUGGAAGUGGACUAUGCUAUAGGAAGGGACAUACACGACAAUGCAUUGACAGAGGUGGUCAAUGUUCUACAGCAGUGGUGUAAUGGAUGUGAAGGUGUCUUAAAAAGUAUAGAGGAACAGAUCAUCAGAGCCAAUACAUUCAAAGAGAAGCAAAAUCAACAGCAAGCAGCUUUAGAGGAUGAGGUUUUGAACAUCAAAAAGACGAUAAAGACAACCCAACAACAGGAUCUGGAUGAGGCCAUGGUCACUGAUAGCAGGAGUGAUCUUACUGCUGACAAAAGUUCAAAGAAAACAACAAAAACUAAAGGAUUGAGGGGAAGCAAUCCUGGCAAGUUAUGGAAGUAACAUGUUUAAUCCACUUUGAAUUAGUCUGAGUUUCAACCCUGAUUUGGUGUCCGUAUACAUGAAUGUUUUUGUACAUUAAAGAAAAUGGCUGCUUAGAGCCAUAUGCUAUUCCUUCUGUACAUAGACUGAGAUUUGUGGUGCUGAAUGAGAAAGUGGAGGAAUGUACAGGAAGUGUCUUGUGUUUUUCCUUCUAAUUGUGUUUAUUUUGAUCUUCAUUGACUUUAUGAAAAGAAUUAAAUUAAUUGGAAACAAAAA